AUGAUAAUGAGACCACCAGGACACAGCGGGAAGGCGAAGAAAGGACACAUCUGCUUCGACGCCUCUUUUGAAACUGGCAAUUUAGGCAGGGUGGACCUUAUCUCGGAAUUCGAGUACGAUCUGUUCAUCAGGCCUGACACCUGCAACCCGCGACUCCGUCUGUGGUUCAAUUUCACCGUGGACAACGUGAAAGUGGACCAACGAGUGGUUUUCAAUAUAGUUAACAUAUCCAAGAGUGCGAAUCUGUUUCGGGAUGGCAUGACGCCGCUGGUGAAGAGCAGCAGUAGAUCAAAAUGGCAACGGAUUCCUAGGGACCAAGUUUUCUACUACAGGUCCGCGCAACACCAAGGCCAUUACGUUCUCAGCUUCGCCUUUUCCUUUGACCGCGAGGAAGACGUGUACCAAUUUGCCCUGACGUAUCCGUACUCGUACAGCCGCUACCUGGCACAUCUGGACAACCUUUGCACCAAGCUGACAUGCACAAAGAGAGAAACUUUAGCCACGUCGAUACAGAAGAGGAAGAUCGAGUUAGUCACGAUAACUUCCAACUUGGACGACGCUCAAGACCGUCUGAGGAAGGUGGUGGUCAUCCUUGCGAGGAUACAUCCAGGCGAGUCACCCUCUUCCUUCGUUUGCCAGGGUCUAAUGGACUUUCUGGUCAGUGCCCACCCCAUCGCCCAAGUUUUGAGGAGUUACGUCGUUUUCAAGAUAGUACCGAUGCUAAACCCUGACGGCGUGUUUCUUGGCAAUUAUAGAUCCACCGUAAUGGGGGCGGACUUGAACCGUUCGUGGAACAAGAUCUCCGAAUGGCUUCAUCCAGCUCUGCUGGCGAUUAAACCGAUGCUGAAGAACCUCGACAAGAAUUCUCGUACUCCGUUAGACUGCGUGCUGGACUUGCACGCUCACACCAACGCCACGGGGACUUUCGUUUAUGGGAACACGUACGACGACGUGUACAGGUACGAGAGGCACAUCGUGCUACCGAAGUUGCUGGCGCAACACGCCGAAGACUAUGAAAUAGGGAACACGAUGUACAAUCAGGAUCCGCAUAAAGCCGGGACCGCUCGUCGUUAUCUCUGCUCCAUUCUGAAGGAACACGUGAACUGCUACAGCAUCGAGGUAUCGAUGUACGGUUACAAUAGGAAAACGACACCUGGAAUAUUCCCGUACACCGAAGAAGGAUAUUACAGAUUAGGCCGCAAUCUGGCCCGUGUCUUCAUGGAAUAUUACAAACUAAUGGGCAUCAUCCCCAUCGGUCUUCCCGAUCAGCCAACCACUAAACGAACGCGACAGUCACGGCCAAGGUAUCGAGUUCUUAGGGAACCUAGGCCGAAGACCUCGAGGAAACCAGCGCCUAUACAUCUCGCCAGUAUUCACGAGUAA